AUGAGUUAAAGAUAUUACUACUAAAAAUAUUACAGAAGCCGAUCUAGAAGUCAUAAAAAAUAUUAUGAUUAAAAUUAUGAUUAUAAAAAUUAUAAUGAUAAUAAUAGAAGAUAAUAUGCACCAGUUUAAAAAAAAAAAAAUUAUGACUAUUAUAAUUAAGAUAAUAUGAUAAUGAUAGGUACUAUAAUAGGGAUUAAAAUUAUCGUUAUAGAAAUGAUAACCAUCAUAAUCAUGAUAGAAAAUAUAUAAGAGAUAGUAUAGAAAGAAAUAACCAGUCAUAGUCGCUCAAGUAGUAGCAAUAGUAGUAGUAAUUCGUCAAAUAAUUCUGCCCAAAGCGAUUCUAAAAACCGUUCAAAAGACGCCGGUCAUUACAAAUAUAAGAAAGGUGAAACAUUCGAUAAUGGUCGAUAUAUAUUAAUAAAGCAUUUAUCCGAUGGUACAUUUGGUAGAGUAUUUGAAGUGGUAGAUAGUCAUAAUAACAAUAAAACUAUCGCCUUGAAAGUGAUUCGAGCAGUAGAUAGAUAUGUGGAAGCUGCAUAAACUGAAGGUGAUAUAAUUAUGAAAAUAAAUAAGAUGGAUCCAGAAGAUUAAUAUAGGAUAGUUAGAUUAUAUAAUACGUUUAAACACUAGGAGAAUUUUUGUAUGUGCUUUGAAAAAUUAGGACUUUCUUUAUUUGAUUUGUUGAAAAAGAAUAAUUAUGUGCCAUAUAAAAUUUAAUAUGUAAAGAGCUUUUUUAAAUAGAUUUUAGAAAGUAUUGGAUUUUUGCAUUUAUUGAAACUUACUCAUACUGAUUUGAAGCCUGAGAAUAUACUUUUAGUAUCCUCUGAAUUAAAAAAAAGUGAAAUUAAAUGUGGAAAAACAUCUUCGCCUUCUACUUCUUAUUAAUCAAUUAAAAUUAUUGAUUUCGGAGGGGCAACAUUUGAAAAUGAACAUCAUUCAGAUAUUAUAAAUACUAGAUAAUAUAGGGCUCCGGAAGUUAUUUUAGGAUGUAUGAGAUGGAAUGAAAUUAGUGAUGUGUGGUCUAUUGGGUGUAUUAUUAUGGAACUUUAUUCAGGAGAAUUAUUGUUUCCAACGCAUGAAAAUUAUGAGCAUUUGGCCAUGAUAGAAAAAAUUAGUGGGCAUAUACCAAAGUGGAUGGGGAAUAGAGCAGAACAUGAUCAUUUUAGCUAAAAUUUUAAUGUUAGUGACGAGUAUUUUUCAAAAUAUAGAACACAUUUUGAUUGGCCAAAGAAUGCGUCGAGUCGAAAAAGUAUUGAAAGGGUUAGGGAAUUAAUUACAGUUGAAUAAAUUAUUAAACCAGAACAUUAUUUGUUAAAGGAUUUGGUAAAAAAAUGCCUAAUUAUAGAUCCUAAAUAAAGAAUUUCUUGUCAGGAAGCAUUAAAACAUUCAUUUUUUUAAUGA